AUGCUUGAAUUACGCCCUACUCGUUCGAUUGACAAUGGAGAUGGGGCUUAUAUAAGGCCAAGAUCUCGUAGCAAAAGCAGAAAGCCUCCUUUGCCAAGGAGACGUUCUUCGUCCAGGUCGAUUAAGUCGAUACCAAUAGACCUAGGGGAGGAUGGGGACUUGAAGAAGGAGAAUGGGAAAGCGCAAUCUUUAUAUUUAGGGGAAAGUAUUUCUGUGCCAUUUGUUAAGAGUACGUUAGAUGUGACGUUACCGCAUGAUUUGUUGCAAGAGGAUUUCAAGAGUCUUAUCAUUUCGCUCCGGGUGAAGCCAUGGUAUAAGCAUGAUUUCGAUGCGAACAAGCUUAAGUACACUAGGAUAACUGGUGCGAUGACGAAUGCUGUUUUCAAGGUGGAGUACGAUGGUUUUCCAUCGUUGCUUGUGAGAGUGUAUGGGCCCAAUGUGGAAUCUGUGAUUGACAGGGAGUACGAGUUACAAGUGCUAGCGCGCUUGUCGAUACAGAACAUUGGACCUUCGUUGUAUGGGUGUUUUGAGAACGGACGGAUCGAGCAGUUCUUGGAGAACUCGCAGACGUUGUCAAAGAAUGAUAUCAGGAAUUGGAAAACUUCACAGAGAAUUGCCCGUAGAAUGAAGGAGUUGCAUUCCGGUGUGCCUUUGCUUCCAAAGGAGCUGCAAGACGAACCGGUAACUUGGAAACGUAUUCAGAAAUGGAUGGACAGCUUGGACGAAAGUACCUGGGUGAGGGAUGAGAACAAUGUACAUAGUUAUCUUAUGGUCUCCGAUUGGGAAAAAUUCAAGUCGAUUGUGUCCCAAUACAAAGCAUGGCUACAGCAAAAACCCGCAUACCAUAAGCUGGUGUUCUGUCAUAAUGACGCCCAGUAUGGUAACCUUCUUUUCACGGCGCCUGUGAUUCCUGUGACCGCUGACACUGAAAUUAGCCAAACUCUGUCUAAUAUGUCAUUGUCCGAAUCUGGUGCUUCGCUAUUCCCUUCUUCGAGUAAUGUGUCCUUGGAAGAGAUCAUAAACCCAUCGAUUCAAGAGCAAGCACAAGAUGCAAAAUUAGUUGUUAUAGAUUUCGAGUACGGUGGUCCAAACCCUCCUGCAUUUGAUCUAGCAAACCAUUUAUCCGAAUGGAUGCACGAUUACCAUUGUUCCACACCUCAUGUUACGUUCCAUGAUAGAUUCCCAACUCAUGAAGAAAUGCUUAACUUUAUCUAUUCAUACCUAUCCCAUUUGAACCCAUCAAGGAAGAAUAUGGAGGAGGAAGUUGUUCAAUUAUACAAUUCGAUACUAGAAUGGAGAGCUUCAGUCUCUCUUCAUUGGGCAUUGUGGGGUAUUAUCCAAUCCGGUGAGCUGACAGAAGUUGCUCAACAAGUGACUGAAGAAGGACCUGGUGGCGAGAAAUACAUCAUCACUGUUGACAAGCUGGAUGUAUCAGCAGAAGAUGAUGUAUCUAGCGAGGGAAGUAACGACGGUGUUGAUAUUGAUACUUUUAAGUAUCUAUCGUAUUCUAAGGAUAAACUAGAGAUCUUCUAUACGGAUUUGGUCCAAUUGAACAUUAUCGAUAAAGAGGAUGUUCUGAAUUACGACCAGCUCAAACGCAUUGAAUUGAAACCCUUGUAA